CAGCCGGGCCCCAGGCACCCGGUCUCCGGGUGCGCGGGAACAGACCCACCAUGAGCAGCUUCGCGCCCCAGCUCUGCUCACCAUGCGGACGCUGACAUGGCUCUUGCUGCUGCCCGUGUGCCUCUCCUGCGGCUACGCCUUCAUGUUUUCCCCGCUGCGAGACAAGGCCAAAGAGCCGCAGGGGAAGGUGCCCUGCGGAGGCCACUUCCGAAUCCGGCAAAACCUCCCGGAGCAUGCCCAGGGCUGGCUGGGGAGCAAAUGGCUCUGGCUGUUUUUCGUUGUUGUGCUGUACGUGAUACUGAAGUUUCGAGGAGAUAGUGAGAAGAGUAAGGAGCAGAAUCCUUCCGGCCUUCGAGGCUGUCCAUUUCGCUCUCCACUAAAGAAAAAUCAAAAUGCUUCCCCCAACAAAGACUAUGCAUUCAAUACCCUAACCCAACUGGAGAUGGACCUUGUGAAAUUCGUGUCCAAGGUGCGGAACCUGAAAGUCGCCAUGGCAACUGGCAGUAACCUCAAGCUUCAGCACUUGGAGGUACCUCCAGAGCCACACAAUAAUAUUACCAUCUAUGAAAUAUGGGGCGAAGAAGACUCUGAAUGAAUGCACUUAUGUGUCAGAGUAGGAGAGACAAAAUUGAGUGUUGACAAACCGUAUGCAAACCAAUAAAAUUAUUCUGAAGAAAAAGAA